UGACAUUUUCGAAACAGGAUCUGUUCUAGAAUGCGUCAUGAUCAAGCCAAUCCAUCCUUUUUGUCUCUGCCCCGCGAGCUGCGUGACCGCGUCUACGACUUUUACACCGCUGAAAAGGAGCCUUUCCAACUUCAUUAUCCCUUGCACGUAACGCUCGACGAGUUUGAAAAUGAUCUGAACAAGACAGAGGAAGAGUUAGAAGAGCUUCAAUUCGAUCCAGAUUGGCCGUGCCGUAACGACCAUGCCUUGCCAUACGUAUGUCAGAGGCUGCUUUGCGAGUACGUCGAUCAUCAACGUCGCGCCGGCACUCUUAUCCCCGUCUUGAACGUCAAAGUUCCAGUAAGCGGCGCCGAACCAGUUUCUGACCAGCACUUUCUUGAGGAGUUCCCGGAAAUUGUUCUGGCGAUGCCGUACGAGACCAAAUGCCUUGCCCUCCGGCUCGACUUUUCUAAUUACCUAGCUGCAGAGCAAAUUGAUGAAGCGGGCUCUGCCAAAGUAUACCUGCCAAAUGAGACUAUUCUUGUUUCCACAGACAAUGAAUCAGACAAUGUGUAUACCGGACUUUCUUCUGGAAAGCUUGGAGCCGGAGUACCGUCGGACAAGCCCGUCGUUUAUGAGCCCGAAUCCGUCAUAACGUACAUCGUAAAUAAACUCGCUUUUAUCGUUGACCAUUACGUCACCUCAUCUUUCCUUCAAUUCCAGCACGUGGUAAACUUCAGGAUCAUUAUUGCUCACAAGACUUGUCUCCAGACUCGGGUCGUGCGGACGUGUAUCACCAAGCUCGUCACUCAUAUACGCCGUAAGAUCACUAAGAAUCGAGCCUUUGGCGCUCUCACGUGCUCUCGUGAAGGGAAGAACGCAAGUGGUGUUCAAUUAUGCGUAGUCGAGAAUGAGCAACAUGUGAAGGUGAAAGGUCCCAGAAAGGGGUUGACACACAUGAAAAAAUGUCCAGCGGACAAUAAGUGGAAGAUUGCAUACAUGUGCGCUCUGGACUGCCUGAAGGCUCGAUAUGACCGCAAUGAUCCAGUGCAACAACAUCUAUGUUCAGAAGCACGUGCACGUCUGAUCGACGAGAUCGCGAAGGAUGGGAUUCGGCAGCGCGAGGACGGCAAUAAACGCAGCGCGCUAUACAAAGCGAAGCAAGAAUGGGUCAGGCGGAAGACAGGCGAAGCCGAGGCUAUGGUUGCAGAGAGGAACAUCAAGGAAUUCGGAGCAAGCGACGAAAGCGAAGAGGAGCCAUAGGCUAGAAUAGCGGCGCAAGCCUCGUACUCUAUCUUCA